UGGUUUAGGAAGAUGGGUGGUGAAGGGAAUCAUGUGGGUUCAUGUGCAUUGAGUUGGAGAACAUGAGACCCAAGGCAACUAGCAAAGCAGCCCCCCCCCACCCAUUGUACACUUGGCCAUCUCUCAUUCACUCACCCCGUUUUCUUGGAAGCCUUCCGUGAAGCUGUCUCAGGGCUCCACUCUUAGAAAAACGUGAUAUUAUCCUCCAUCCCCACCAAGCUGCUUACUAUAAAAACCCCCUUAGUCGCUGCCACUUGGGCAUCCGUUUGAGAUUUGCUCCUUGACAUCAACCAACCAAAGCAAAAUACAUACAAUUGGCGGCUUCAUGGGUUCCUCUUCGCAAGCUUUCCUUGAUUUCCCAGAAAGUUACAGUACAAAGGAUCCUUCGCCUUUGUUGAGAAAAGCUUUGAAGGCGCAGGUGACGAAGAGAAGAUUGCAAGGGAGGAAGCAGAAGGCGGCUUUGAUGAAGAAAGGGCACAUCCGAAGCAAGAGGACCAGAAGGGUUUCUAGAAGGUCCGAAAGCAUUGUCGACAAAAGGGUCAGAACAUUGAGGAAGCUUAUUCCGAAGAGCGAGUCUGUGGGCCUUGACGGGCUUUUCAGGCACACAGCUGAUUACAUUUUGUCACUACAAAUGCGGGUUAAAGUCAUGCAGAUCAUGGUUAAGCCUAUACUUUUGUGGGAAUCAAGACAUACGAAACUCUUGAUUGGGCUGAUCUGUCCAGUAAGGUUUAAGCACAAAUACCCUGUACAAACAGCCUUGAAACGUGACAAUCAGGUUAAAAAAUACCCUGGGGCCCCUGCUCAUCAACUUCCUUGUGGGCCGACCCAGUUGAAAGAUGUGGCCCAAUUAAGACUGGACUGCCUGACCAAUUGAAUGAAAAACACAUUUUCUCACCUUAAGAUUUGAAAAACAUCCAAAAUUGUUGUUUAUGCUUCUCAACCAU